UCUGCACCCAUAAUUCCCCGCUCCGGGACAAGAUGGAAGAAAGCAGCGACCGCCGGAGAACAAUGUUUUGGCAAUAAAACCCCGUCAGCGGCGAAUACGGAGAGAAUAUAGGCACGUUUGAAACCAGCUGCGGUCAUGUGUAGAAUGGUCUCCUCCUGCAUUCCUCAAUAGAUUCAUUACCCUCCUUCUCCCCCCUGGCACAAAGUAAAUCAACACCAUGAGUAUUAUUCAAGACAAGUUAGGCAAUGAGUUUCUGCGCAAUGGAGGCAUGGACCCCAAUUUCGCKCCAGGUAUGCUUAUGUUCAGCCACUUGCCGCCGGUCACCAGCUUCACGCGGCUGGCAUCGCAGUCGGUCAUCGGUGAGCUUCCCCAAGAGAUGAUCCUGAAAAAAGAGCGAGACUCGCCGCCGGAACACCAAGGCCCCGUCGCUGCCAGCACGGGCGGCUUCCUCCACAGCAUGGGCAUUAAGCAGGAGCGGCUGAGCGAGCUGGACUAUCGGAUGCCCCUCUACAGCGGGGGCGGAGGAGUAGGGGUCAACUGUCCUGGAGRGGGCACGGGGAAGAGCAGCACCGACAUGCCCGACAUGUCGUUCGGCAACCAGCACCAAAAUCACCAGAACAUGCUACUGCAUGACCUUAGCCUCAGCAAUGUUCGCUCCUUGGGAGAACARAUGCCUGGAAGACCAGGUAAAGAGCCAAAAGAGUCCUCAGGUAGGAGAGGCCGGAGGAGCAAUGGGGAUGGGCAAGGAGGCAAAGCACGGAGGAAACGCAACGACCCGUCAAAGGCUAUGAUGUUGGAUGGGGAUGGAGCCUGCCUUUCCCCAAACUCAAAACCACAUAUCUGUGAGCACUGUAACGCUGCCUUCCGCAGCUCCUACCACUUGCGUAGACAUGUGCUCAUACACACAGGUGAGAGGCCUUUCCGUUGUAGUCAAUGUAACAUGAGCUUCAUUCAGAAAUACCUUCUUCAGCGGCAUGAGAAAAUUCACAGCGGAGAAAAACCUUUCAGCUGUGACCAGUGUAACAUGCGCUUUAUCCAGAAGUACCACAUGGAGCGACACAAAAGGACACACAGCGGCGAGAAGCCGUACCGCUGCGAUACAUGCCAACAGUUUUUCUCAAGAACAGACCGGUUACUGAAGCACAAACGGACUUGUGGAGAAGCCAUAAAAAAGGGUCUAGAUCCAAGCAUGCUGGAGCUCAGUGAAGCAGAGCUAGGCCAAGGCAGCUAUUCACUCUCUCAGGGAAACYCAACCACCUCUGGACGAAAGAGGGCAAAGUCCAAAAACGGUGAAGGUGGCGAACGCAAGAAGAAAAAGAAUGCAGCAGCAUCGUCUGGGGGGAUGGGUCGCGACCUGGGCCUGCAGGACUUCAGCAUGGAGCACCCCUCAGGCUCUGAUCCCACCAUGCAGGGGCGCACCCCCAAACUGGUCUUCAAGAAAACUGGACGCAAAGGGCUAGACAAGGGCCUCCUGUCCCUGGAAGAUGGUGCUGAUGGGCAGAAACUGUUGGGCCAGAAGCCGGACGCCAUGGAUCACGUGGAGGGUUCUGCCCUUGACAACAUGGCUCUACUCCAGGGACCCGGUGGCAGCAAACCCGGUCCCACCACCAGCAGCAACUACGACGAUGCAAUGCAGUUUGUCAAAAAGCGGCGCUAUCUCCACGCGGUCAACAACGACUACGGCGCCGGCUCGCUUCACAUGGCGUCCCAGGGUAACAACGUGAUCCAGGGUUCUCUGGGGCCCGAGCCCACCCUGGCCAUGCUGGACUCCUCUCCGCUGGAACUCAAACACGACAAAUCAGGCAUUCCAGACGAGGUGCUGCAAAGCCUGCUUGACCAUUACAGCCAUAAACCAGAGGGAACCCACCACGAUGUGACCUUCGACCUGUCGGACCACCCGCACCACGUGGACCUCCAGCCAGCGGCGCCCGUCACCCCGGAACUGGAAGACGACUCCCCCAACGGCGGCGACAAAACGGCGGUAAUGAGCGAAUACUCAAAGUUCCUCCUUCAGGCCUUGGAGCGCACCAGCCAUAGCGGACCCUUCCCCAGCCUCGGCCCGRCGGGUCCCUUCCCUCUUCUGUCCAGCAGCUCCAGCCCCACGGGGCCCCUGUUCUCCGACAAACACGCGUACAGCACCUCGCCUCUGGAUUGCGGCUACCCGCCUGCGGUUUCCUCCCCUCUGCCCAUUGCCCCGCCUUCAUCGGCUUCCUCUUCGUCGUCCUCCAAGUCCCACUACGGGAUGUUGGUGGGGUCUCCCUCUCAGGCGGGCUACCACCUCACCCUGGAGUCCACCAACCACCAGCAGCUGACUCCGUCUCAGGAGCUGACCGAGCAGCUGGAGAAGCAGCACUCCCCGGGGACCUUCACCCUACCRCCCCAGGAGCUCACCGCGGCCGAGGGYGCCAAGGGGCCUCAGUCCAAGGCCGGAGGGAGCGCGGUGGCCUCCAACGGCUCCACCUACCCCGACCUGUCCCCGCUUAACCCCCCUAAAGAAACCACGUACCAGAUCGAGAACUUCGCCCAGGCCUUCGGCUCCCAAUUCAAGUCCGGCCGGCGGACCCCUCUGAGCUACGGCAGCGACCCGGGAGCAGAGGUGGAACACAGRAUACGGACUCCGGUGUCAGAAUUCUCAGGGUAUACCAGCUUGUUAGCUGAUGUCAGUGAGCCAGUGAGUACAGGAUCAAAAACCCCGACAAGCCAAAGUUUCAGAUAAGGGUCAGACGAGGUGAAGCCUGUAAGCGGGGCCAGUUUCUGUUUUUUUCUUUGUCGUUUUGGUCGCUGUCCACCCGGCCCCCGCACUCGCUCCAAUUUAGUUCCUGUAGCAAAGGUUUUUGUUUUUAUGAACACUGCCAUUAAAUGUUAAUACAAAAUGACCAGGGAGGGUCUUCUAUGGCCUCAAAAUGCAAUUUUUUAAGAUAUUCUCAUUUUUAUCAUGUAGUCGCCUAUGUUUUUGUUUAAGAGUAGUGAUUUUUGAUAUGAACGUAUCGUAGAUUUAAAUGUAAUUUAAAAAAAAAAAAAGUUUAGAGGGUAGCUAUGAACUUGCUUGUUUUAUUUUUUUUCCUCCUUUUUCUGAUCUAUUUGUGAUUUUUAUCAAUCAUCAUACCAUUGUAAAGUAAUGAAUAAUGUUGAUGAUUUCAAUAAUAAUAACAUUGUGUCAGGGAAA